AUGGCUGCAAUUCACCAGACCAUAGCGAUCGUCGACAAAUCAAACAAAGUUGUCAGUACAACAAAACAGUUGAAGAACGUAUUCAAAGAGGCGAAACAAGCUUAUCUUGAACGAAAAGCCGAAAUAGUUGCCGACCGAAGAGCCAGGGAAGACAGAGAAUUGAGAAAGGCUCUGCAGGCGGUGACUUUGGCUGAGGAGGAAAGAUCAGAAACAUCCCACCGAUCGAGGAGAAGGCAUAGUCACAGGAGAGAACACGAUCCAGACAGACGUCGGCCAUCAGCAGGAGGGCACCACCAGUCUUCGGAAUCGACAAGAAGGAAAGGCAAUGCCGACAAAGGGGCAUCCCUCGUCGACAAUCCGGUCCCAGUUGGGGUCACUUCCGCUCCGGUCGGUCUCGCCCAAUUCAACGAGGAGCUGUACGGUCAACAUCGGCCCGCUCCCAUUUCCCCAGUUUAUCCCCCAGAAGGACCUGGACUCUUACGCCGGACAACCGAUAUCCCUCUGGAGCUGGCUCGUUCUCAUCGUCCUCCACCCGUACGGUCCCAUUCCACUUCCGAAGUUGAUGAUCACAUUGACAUGGACCUGGCAUACGGCGAAUUCCAUCCAGAGUUACUCAUGCUGGAUCCAAAGGUGGAACGUACGCUGCAGAAACAGGAGAUGUCUAGUUUGGUCACGAAAUGCAAAAUCUUGCUGGACGAAGCAAAUUGCGCGCAACACAGUGUCAGAGCAAUUGUAGCUCAUCUCCAGAAGAACCCCGAUGCUAUGGCUGCCGUUGCAUUGACACUAGCGGAAAUCAGUAACCUCGCCACGAAGAUGGCGCCAGGAGCACUAGCUGCCUUCAAAACAGGUGCCCCAACAGUUUUCGCGAUGCUCGCUGCUCCUGAGUUCCUCAUUGCGGUCGGUGUGGGUGUAGGCCUCACCGUUGUAAUGUUCGGUGGCUAUAAGAUCAUCAAGAAGAUUCAAGCGAAGGUUGGUGACAAGGAAGAGGAGGCUGCUGAGGAAAUGAUCGACGUGCAUGAGCUUGAUCGGAUCGAGCACUGGCGACGUGGUAUUACCGAUGCCGAAACUGCCAGUGUUGCAACCAGUGUUGAAGGUGAAUUCAUCACGCCUCUGGCGGCUCGCUCAAUGGGACAUCUGCCGAUGCAUAGGGACUCCAGCCAUGAUCGCCACGGCGGGAAGCCUCGAGAAGAACGACGAAAGAAAAAACACCGACAUGUCGAUGAAGACCCAGACCGAACUGUGGUCGGGAGUGAAAGCUCCAAAUCGCGGAGAAGUAAACUGGACAAGCGAGAACGAGCUCUCAUCAAAGUCAAAAAGCCAAGUCCAUUGCGAAGAAUAUUCAGCAGCAAAGAUACGGACACUUCGUCGAGAAGAUGA